UUAAUGCUCUUGACCAAUAAUAAUCUUUCUCUUUUCGUUAUUUCCAUAUCUGUUUCUUCAGUUCCUUCUUCAAUCUCUUCUCUUUUACUAACGUUAUUUCUUCAAUCUCAUUGAUCAAGAAACAAAAACCCUAAUCGCAAAAAUCUCAAAUUUCUUCCAAAAGUUUCAGUUUUUAAAAAUGUGUUUUCUUCUUUUGUAACGUAUUGACAAAAAACAGUGAAGAAAAAUGUGUCAAACUUUGAAUUGACCAUUUUUUUUGAGAUUCGAUGAAGAAAUUGAGAAGCUAUUACUCAAAUGUGAGACAUCAUCAGAAUCAUCAUCAUCAUCAUCAUCAUAACAAUGUUGUUUCUUCAGAGAGGAAAUGGAUUAUAUUCCCUCUUUUGAUUGGUUCAAUCUUCGCUUUGUUCUUACUCUUCCUCACAACAACCCUAACUUCACCAACCGGAAUCCGAUUUCUCCCUUUUACCCGACCCGUUUUGUUAACCGGAUCUGGUUCAUCAGCUUUCGUUGAAUCCAAGAUCAAACCUCAACCAAUCUCAUCACUCCCAUCGCCACCGCGUUUUGCUUACUUGAUUUCUGGAUCCGCCGGUGACGGGAAAUCUCUCCGGCGAACUCUUUUGGCUCUUUAUCAUCCGAAUAAUCGGUAUGUUGUUCAUUUAGAUAGAGAAUCUUCCAAGGAAGAGAGAGAGGAGCUUCAUGGAUAUAUCAAAAACUCGUCUUUGUUUCGAAGGUUUAUGAAUGUUCAUAUGAUUGAGAAAGCUAAUCUUGUUACGUAUCGUGGACCUACCAUGGUUGCGAAUACACUUCACGCCGCGGCGAUUUUGCUUAGAGAAGGAGCUGAUUGGGAUUGGUUUAUUAAUCUUAGCUCUUCAGAUUAUCCUUUGGUGACUCAAGAUGAUUUGUUGCAUAUCUUUUCGCAUUUGCCGAGGGAUUUGAACUUCAUUGAUCAUACUAGUAACAUUGGAUGGAAAGCAUCACAAAGAGCAAAACCGGUAAUUAUAGAUCCUGGACUGUAUUUGAACAAGAAAUCUGAUGUUUUUUGGGUUACGCAAAGGCGAAGCAUCCCUACAGCAUUCAAGCUUUUCACAGGCUCUGCUUGGAUGGCGUUAUCUCGGCCAUUCAUCGACUACUGUAUUUGGGGUUGGGAUAAUCUACCUCGUACAGUCUUAAUGUAUUACUCGAAUUUUCUCUCUUCUCCAGAAGGAUAUUUUCACACUGUUCUCUGCAACGCUGAGGAAUUCAGAAACACAACAGUAAAUAGCGACCUGCACUUCAUAUCGUGGGACAAUCCGCCUAAGCAGCAUCCACACCAUCUCACUCAUGCAGACAUGACUAAAAUGAUAGACAGCAAUGCCCCGUUUGCAAGAAAAUUCAGAAGAGAAGAUCCUGUCCUUGAUAAGAUAGAUGAUGACCUCCUUAACAGAGGUCCUGGGAUGGCUACACCUGGUGGUUGGUGCAUUGGAAGCUAUGAGAAUGGGAGUGAUCCUUGUGCUGUUAUUGGUGAGACUGAUGUUAUCAGGCCUGGUCCAGGCGCUAGACGGCUCGAAAAUCUGGUAACUUCGUUAUUAUCCACUGAGAAUUUCCGAUCAAAACAGUGCAAGUGAUCUGAAUAUCUAGAGAACGACAUCAAAGAGAUUGAAUGUAGCAGCCUUGAUUAUUGGGAUUAGAUGUGAUUUAGGAUCUUAUAGCAUCCCUCUUUUACUUAGUCAAGAUUAUAAGUGAACAAUUAGGCUAUGGCUGUGAGAAGUAUAUGUCGUGUUGCUACCACACAACUUGCCUUAAGGUAUUGUUGUACUUGUCACAUUCUCAUAGAAUGUUCCCUUUGUGAAAUUUUUGUACUCUGUUUUUUAAGUUGCAUCUUCUUACUUUUUA